AUGGCCGAACCUUCGCCGUCCGCAAACACGGCGGCAAGCAGCCAAAAUGCGCCUCCCAAAGCUCCUCCCAAAGCUCCUCCCAAGCCCCAGAACCCGGUCUUCAAGAUGAUGGGCCUUCCGCGCUUUAGGCUCAGACUGCCGUCGCGCAAUUGGAUGAUCUUUUUAACGAUUACCGGAUCCUUUACUGCCGCCAUAACGUAUGACCGUCGGCAAAAGAAACACAUCCAGCAGAAAUGGUCAGACUUGGUCGCCCACAUUGCCAAAGAACCUUUGCCGUUGGAACAAAGCCGAAAACGGCUUACGAUCUUUCUAUCUGCGCCGCCAGGAGACGGACUUCGACCCGCUCGAGACUACUUUAAAGAAUACAUCAAGCCUAUUCUAGUGUCGGCAGCUUUGGAUUAUGAGGUCAUUGAAGGACGAAAGGAGGGUGAGGUUCGUGCAGGUUUGGCCGACAAAAUUCGAAAAUACAGACGGCAGGCCGGUGAACAGGGCCAUUCGGCGGAAGAGCCAAGCAAAGAGUCGGCGAUUGCUGAAGCGCGAGAAAGAAUGGGUGUCACAGAGGAGCCCGGGCCUCGCGGAGAUAUUGUUAUUGGGCGUCAUACAUGGAAGGAAUACGUUCGGGGUCUCCAUGAAGGCUGGCUCGGUCCUCUAGAGACCUCGCCGCCACCACCACCACAGCCGGCCGCAACAGAACCUGUUCCGAAAGCUGCAGAAACCACUGCAGACGCUACAAGACCUACUGUGGAAACUGUCGAUGCCGUAGUCGACAUGUUACCGGAUACUCCAGUUAUCACGACCGAAGAUGGGUCACCGUCAGAAACUCCAGAUUCAAACAAAGCUCAGGAUGAGAAUACAGAGACCGAGGAAUCGAAAAAGCCAAAAGGACCAACACCUGCGUACAUCUCGCCUACGCAAUAUUCCGCUCAAAGACUUCCUCCUACCAUCCCGGCCGCUUUUGAAGCAUCCAGCCCCAUCCAAUUCCCGCAUCUCCUGGGCUUUUUGAACACGCCCAUUCGUUUAUAUCGUUACUUGACGAAGCGGCACUUGGCCGAUGCAGUAGGCCAAGAGGUAGCAGCUGCUGUCCUCGCCUCUGCCAGCAGACCUUAUAACGAGGGCAGUCGCCCUUUCGACGGAAUGGCUUUUGACGCUUCCUCCACCGACUCGUCCGAUUCUCUAUCGCAGACAACCUACGAACAGCAAACCCUUCUUGAACAUGAAGAGCAAGAAUGGCACAAAUCGGUCCGCAAGGAAGCCGAGGAUCGGAAAUAUCAAUUGGAGAACGCAAAUCCUUCCAGCACAAACGACCCGCAUAUUACAAAGCUGCUCAACGAAGAGCGAGAGUGGGCCGAUGAGGUAGUCAUCGACCCUCGCAUCGCUUCUCGGAUGCAUCGUUAUAUCCUUUCUUCCGAGGAAGAGGCGCGCGCCAAUCGCAUCGCUAGCGGCCAAGAAUGGAUUCUGGGUGAGGGCGAGAAGCCAAAGAAGCUUUCUUUCUUGCAGCGUGCCUGGAUCAACUAUGGCUACGGCGAAGACCCAGAAUUGGCCAAGAAGAAGCCCAUUAUUGGGAACCUGGACAAUGAGAAUGGAGAGUAA